GUUAGUGACACAGAACUGCAACAAAAUGGCUAAGAAUCGCCGCUUGGAAGGUGAAGUUGAGACUUCAUUUCUCGGAGUCAGACACAUCCAAUGCUUACUAUUAUUCAGUGCAGUUUCAAUGGCAUUCGCCACACGUGUAAAUCUCUCCAUUUCAAUAGUUGCAAUGACCGACGAGAAGUUUGAAGGAGCGGGUGAGAAAACCUACGAUUGGAAUGAAAAAAUAAAAUCAGUGCUUCUCAGCAGUUUCUUUUGGGGUUAUAUAUUGACACAGUUCCCGGCCGGACUACUUGCACGUAAAUUUGGUGGCAAGAAUAUGCUUUUGUAUGGAAUCUUCAUCUCCUCAAUACUUACCUUAUUAACACCUUGGAUAGUCAAAAUAGGAAAUUGGCAGGCACUAUGUGUUUCACGUAUUGUGCAAGGAAUUUCACAAGGCGUAAUAUUUCCCACGUGUCACACUAUAUUAUCGCAGUGGGCACCUUUGGAAGAACGAGGCCUUUUAGGUACAUUAUCUUACUCUGGCAGUCAAUUUGGCACAGUCGUAAUGUUAUCCACCAGCGGAGUCCUAAUUUCAAAGUACGGCUGGCCAAGCGUAUUUUACAUUCCAGGUUUUAUUUCACUACUUUGGGUUGUGGUAUAUUAUAUAUGGGGCGCCAGCACACCGAAAGAAUCGAAGUCUAUAACGGCAGAGGAAAAGGAAUUAAUAGAAACUUCAAUAGGCUCUAAAGAAAAUCAACCAAAAGGAAUAAAAAAUAUACCAUGGCUAAGUAUAUUCACGUCGGUACCUUUUUGGAUGUUAUUUAUUGUGCAUUGUUCGGCUAAUUGGGGAUUCUGGACAUUGCUCAUUGAAAUUCCUUCAUACUUGAAAAAUAUGUUGGGAAUGGAUAUUAAAAGUAAUGCACUGUUAUCAGCACUGCCAUAUACUGUUAUGUUCUUUUUGGGAUUUGUAUUUUCUGGUAUAUCAAAAUUACUAAACAAAUAUAAAUGUUUAACGAUACCCACAAGUCGGAAAGUGUUCAAUACGAUAGGUUUUUGGAUACCAAUGAUCACAUUAUUUAUGCUAGGCUAUAUAGGCGCUGAUAAUAUCAAUUUGGCUGUAACGCUACUUACGAUUACAGUUGGUCUAUUUGCAGCCACAUUCCAUGGUUUUCAAGUCAAUCAUAUGGAUUUAUCACCCAACUAUGCCGGUGUUAUGAUGGGUAUUACAAACCUAGCGGCGAAUGUAAUGAGUCUGCUGGCACCAUUAACAGUUGGCUUCAUUGUGACAGAUGUGACAAAUCCUAGUCAAUGGCGGAUAAUAUUUUUUAUUGCAGCCAUAUUUUACUUUAUCGGAAAUCUUCUGUUUAUAGUGUUCGGAAAGGCAACUGUGCAAACAUGGAAUAACCCAGAGUCCAUUCAGUUAAAUGAAACUACAAAUAAAACAAAAACACCAAUCUAAAUCUUGGGCUGAUAAAAGAAUUUAUACAAUUUAAUAAUGUG